AUGGUUCCUUAUUUCUGUUUGUAUUGCCAGUCACAAUGAUAAGACGGGUCAUACAUUCUGAAAUCAAUUCAAAAACGUAUUUGUUGUGGCCAGAUUUUGAUUUGUAUUUAGUAUUAAAUAAAUGCAUUGUUUGGACAAGUUUAUGUUCCUCUUUAUCAGUGUUAUUGUUAAGUUAACUUUGUUAAACAUAAUUUUAGGUUAGGCUAGAUGUGUGUGAAAUGGAUUGGCUGAAUAUUUUGACUUUUAGUAGAAAAACUAUUUUACAAUAUCAAUUAUUGCUUACGUUUAAAUUAAAUAAUUUCACCCAUUUAUGAAGUAACAGCAUGGCAGAAUUGGUAAAACAGAUCAACCAAAGAAAGGAAAAGAUAGAAAUUGCAGUGAAGACUUUUCUGUCAGGAGGUAUUGCUGGAUGUUGUGCUAAGACAACAGUUGCUCCCCUUGACCGAGUGAAGAUCUUACUGCAGGCACACAAUCAGCACUACAAGCAUUUAGGAGUUUUUUCCACUAUUCAUCAGGUGGUUGUGAAAGAAGGAUUUCUCGGAUUAUACAAGGGUAAUGGUGUUCAGAUGUUGAGAAUCUUCCCAUACGCUGCCAUACAGUUUAUGUCCUAUGAACAGUACAAGAAGCUUAUCAAGAAAUACUUGUCUGAAAACACCCACGUGAUCAAAUUGACUGCAGGAUCUCUAGCUGGUUUGACUGCAGUGGUCUUUACAUAUCCACUGGAUGUCGUGCGAGCUCGACUUGCAUUCCAGGUCAAAGGUGAACACAUAUACCUGGGUUUGCGACACACGGUCCGGUCCAUUGUCCAUGUGGAGGGGGGAACUAAGGCACUGUACAGAGGCUUAGUCCCCUCUAUUCUCGGAAUGGCACCAUACGCAGGUGUCUCGUUCUACAGCUUUGAAAUGAGUAAAAUAUUUUGUCUUGAACACUUUCCGGACGUCCUUGGGAAGCCGUCACCUCUAAGCACUGGAGGAGUUGUUCUGAUUCUUCCAGCCAAGCUCUUGUGUGGUGGAAUGGCUGGGGCAGUCGCACAGACAGUGUCAUAUCCCCUUGAUGUGGUCCGACGUCGGCUUCAGCUGUCAACAAUGCUGCCUGAUUCUCAUAAAUAUGAAAGUGGUUGGAUUCAGACUCUGAUCGUUAUCUACAAGGAGCACGGCAUGUCACAGGGCCUGUACCGAGGUCUCAGUGUCAACUACAUCCGCAUCAUGCCGAUGGUGGCUGUGUCGUUCACCACAUACGAGUCCAUAAAGCAGAUCCUGGGACUUGACACGGGUAUAGACAGGUGAUGGUUGCUGCACUCUAGAUUGUCAUCACGUCAGCUUGAUGUUCAUUAGGUUGUCAUCAAAUCUGCUUGAUGUUCAUUGGGCUGUCAAUAAAUCUGCUUGAUGUUCAUUGGGUUGUCAUCAGGUCAGCUUUAUGUUCAUUGGAUUGUCAUCACGUCAGCUUGAUGUUCAUUAGGUUGUCAUCAAAUCUGCUUGAUGUUCCUUGGGCUAUCAACAAAUAAGCUUGUUGUUCAUUGGGUUGUUAUCUAGUCAGCUUGAUGUUUAUUACAUUGUCAUCAUAUCAGCUUGAUGUUCAUUGGGUUGUAAUCAGAUCAACUUGAUGUUCAUUGGGCUGUUAUCAAAUUAGUUUGAUGUUCAUUGGGUUGUCAACAAAUCAGCUUGAUGUUUAUUUGGUUGUCAACAAAUUGGCUCGAAGUUCACUGUCUGGCUUUUCAUCUAGUGCAUAAUUUUAAAAUCUUGCAUAAUCAGUGGUACUGAUAGUUGGUGGCCCACCCAUGGCUGAACAAGUAAAUUUGCUGACAUGUCAUAAGGAUUACUAUUUCAGCAACAUAUGAGGGCUCGAACUUAAGAAUUUAUCACCUACGGCAAUUCAAAAAACAAACUGCCGUCGGUGAAAGGGCUGACCGACAGCAAUUUUGAGUUUGCCAAUGGCAAUUUUUUAACUGACUUUUACAACAAAUAAAGUUGACUGAAAGGUUAUUUUUCUGUAAGUACAUGUAGUCAUAUUUCUUCAUUUUAUGUCAAUAAACUUAAGUAAAGAAGAAUUUAUUAUAAAUAGAAUCAUGGACUACUAGCAUAAGCUAACAUUUAUCAGAACCUGGUGAUUCUGAGACUUUCUGAAGUUGCCCAAAUUUUCUGUAAAUAUGACAUGAAAAUUGUUCUAUGGAUGACAUUAAAUUGUAUACAGUGUUCUCGCUGGGUGAAAAUUAAAGGAGGAUGGUCAUGUAAAAACAACAACAAAAAAAAAAACAAGAACUCAAAAGCAAAGAAAAAAGUGAACGUUUGGUUACCGUAAAAUAAUAAAGAGUUUUUUAAAGUGAUCUCCUACACUGUGAUAACAUUUUUCUGUUCUUUUUAUUUCCAUUUUCAUUGAUUGAAUCGAUUGCAUUGAUAUUGCCAGAUGAUAAAUAUAUUUUAUUAAGAACUGCUGAAUAAACAAAUGGCAGUAAGUAAAAAUCAUCAGUUUUGACCAAUUAAAUCUGCAACUGAGGAUAAAA